AUGGCUGAAGACGUUGAAAUUUCUUUAUACAAACUUUUGAUAUCCAAUAAAUUUUCCCUUCAAGUUGAGGAAUCAACCUUGCCAGAUAAUGUAGGCUUUACUAUAGGCAUAGGUCCGGUUUGUAAAGGUGGGAAAAAUUAUUCAAGGGAUGCUUUUUGCAAGAAGCUUGAUUAUAGAUAUCAAAGGCUCCUGCAAUGGUGGGUCGACAUCGCCCUUUUGGAAAGGGUGGUACCAGAUAUUCUAGCUGUUCGCUGCGUGACUCACAGACAGCAUUUAGUAGGAAAAAAUAUCAGCGACCGUUUGCGUCAGUCAUUGCAAUAUGCCAUAUCUGCUGUAAACAAAAUUCACAGUAAUGCUCUCUACGAUUGA